GCCCAAGCCCAACAACAGGCCCAGAGGACUCCACAACAGCAAAAUACCAACAUUCAGUUUAGAAAUCAGCAGACCCCACAGGUUUGUAAAUGGCCAUUUCAUAAAAUUCCAGAUCAAACUUGGAUUUUCAUUUGAAUGUAUGUGGAACAUUGACUGGAUGCAAAUGUGACUCAAACUGCUGCAGCCUCUUAUUUGACUUUAUAGGCUAACCUCAGUAACUUUCAAAGCAAUUGUUUCCUUCAUGAUUUGUAAUUCUUGUUUAUGUGUUUUCCCCUUGAGAGUUCCAUAGAUACCUUCAGUUUAAAUAAAACAAAAUUUUUGUUUGGUUUUGAAGGACAUCUGUGUAGGUAUGCAUUUUUAGUUUCCAUGCCUUGUUAUAUGGUUGUUUAAAAACUUUGAGAUGUUUUGCAUCACUCCAACUGAUAAUUGCAAAAUUUGGGGUGAUUGUGACUGGUAGGCUUACAGUUCAUUUGGAUUUAACCAUUGCAUAGGUUUCUAAAGUGACUUGGGGUGAAAAUUUGGGUAGGAAAUACGCUCACUGGGAAUCCGUCUUUGAGUUUAGCUCUAAAUUUACACCAGAAUCACAAUAGCCGCACCCUAUUUAGUCAUGAUAUAAAUGUACUUCCUUAUAACAGAAAUGCAAGGAUUUUUGAAAAUGUGCAAAUGAAACUGUACACUUGGAACUUUUGGCGGAAAGGCGUCAUCGAGACAAAUUUGGUUGAAAUUAUAACUUCUCCGUGUCCGCGCCGGUUACAUUAAUGGCAUUGCGGUGAAUGUUCCAUUUUUCUGCGUGACUACUUGUAAACGAGAUCUUAUACAUUUCGGUAAUUUGGAACACAUAAAAUAAUUAUGAACUGUUGAAAGUUUGUGGUGGACAAUGUCUGGAUCGUCGCUUCAGUCUCAACGCGAAACUGACAUCAGAUUUGGAAUAUACACGCCCGAUUUGUCUAAAUAAUAGUCCUUCAGCAAUUGUCACACAUUUCAUUUUAUAUAAACUAUAUGGUUUUGAUGUGCAACAAUGUUAUUUUCUUUCUCUUUGUUUGCAAUUGUGCUAUUGUAUUCGCAAUUUGAAUAGUUUCAAAAAAUUCUAUUAGGGUUGAAGUUGUGGUAGAAAAUACUUACAUACUUCUAUUUCUAGUUGUUAACCUCAAAAGUAAGGUUGUUAUUUUUUUAAAAGUAAACCAAGCUAUUCCAAUAUAUUAUACAAAUACAGGGUGCACUACAUUUUAUGUUGGUAUGUAAACAUGAAAUUACUUUGAAAAUGAUAAACUGAUUUCAAUAUAUUGGGUAUUUUUAUUAAAUAUGGUCCUUUACAAUUUAUUGGAACUAGUUUUUGAACACAACUGCACCUUAUAAGGAAACAAAUGCAAAUCAUCCUUCAAAAUGGGCCGCAACGAGGUUCCACUGAUGCCAAAAUGCCGAGUGCUGUGACGAUACGACACAUUUGAGUUCUGGGCAACGCUGUCUCUGACCGCUUCAACCAAUUCAUUGGAAUGUCUUGGUCGUUGAUGAACGGUAUGUUGACGAUCUCCCACUGUCCCGUACUCAAGAAAAUUCGAAACCAAACGACGGAUAGUGUUGUCACGAUAUUUUCGACGAUAUGGACGUUGCGUUAACACGACUGAACGACGAUUUUCAAUGUACAUUGUGACUAUUUUUCGGCGCGUUCUUUCGGAGUAACAAUAAGUGACUAAAAUUGUAGUAAAUCGACGUUUCAGAAACUCGUAUAACCAAAUCACUCGGUUAGUAAAUAUAAAAGUCAUUCGAUCUUUCAAUACCGACAUAAAAGGUGGCGCACCCGGUACAUCAUUAUAAUAAUGAUGUGAAUACCAUUUACAGAGCAAAAAGCAGUCUAGCUUACCUGGUAGUUACAGCUCAAAAUUAAAAUAUCUUAAAAAGAACAAAUAGAAGAAAAAUAGAAAACAAAAUUAUAAAGUUUAAACAUUGGUUUUUGCGUACCAUAUCAUGCCAGCAAAAAACGAAUGUUACGCUUUUUUUUUCUUGUUUUUGUCCCUAUCUCUGUCACCACUGGACCGAAUUUCAAAAUCUGUAUACCUUGGGAGUCCUUGGCAUAGUAAUAACACCAUAAAAAUUCAUCGAAAUCCGAGUUGUACGUCUCAUGUUAUAAGGUGGUUUUAAUAUUAGCAGACAGUCGACAAUGUACAUGACAUACAUAACAUCAAAAAAAAAAUCUCAUUUUAGAAUAAUUUCACUAGUCCAAUACUUCCCUGCCACUAGGCGAUUAUGUAAAAUAAUAUAAUGUAGCUUAUAACGGUGUAUAAAUUAUUGGAUAUGUGUACUAUUAAAAAAAUAUACCUUGCUGACCCCACAUACUAACUCAAAACUCAUACACAGAAACCAGCUGUACCACAGCAGCAGCAAACAGCUGCCCAAAAGACAGCUGCUCAGCAACAGGCGGCCGCAGCAGCUGCAGCCCAACAGCAAGCUCAGCAGCAGGCAGCUGCUGCUGCUGCGGCGACAGCUGCUGCUGCUGCGGCGACAGCUGCUAAGGCCGGGUUCGCACCAGGCGUCAAUCCGCCUAACCCGGGUGUCAAGAUGGAGGUCCAAAAUGGCGGCGCACCAGCUGCGGAAGGCGGUGAUGAUGUCUUGGAGACGACUGGCGUUGAGGGACAGAAGAAGAGGCCUUUCUGGGCUAGAAGUGGAGCCAAGAUCUCAAAGAAGGAGAAACUAAGGAGGCGUAAUCUGAGGUUGAGCAAGAUGUUGCAACCCAAGAAUGCUGUAAUGAUUCUGAAUGAGCUGGUGAGGCAAACUGCUUACACUGUCGAUGAAAUGCCACCAGGUACUGACAGGAGAACUGCAUUCAAAGUCACUGUUGUGGUUGAUGGAGUUGAACAUAUUGGAUAUGGGCACACGAAAAAUGCUGCAAAGAACGCCGCUGCGGAAAUGGCGCUGAAAUAUGUGGUGAAAAACAACAAAUUGUCCGAAGUUAAACAGGAUGAAGAUGGAGUAGAGAAAAUGGAGAUUACCGAAGAUGAUGUCAACCAACCAUUGCCAUGGCAACAUGUUGCUUCAUUUGCUCUCUUCAAGCUGUUCACUUCUUGGGGAGAGGAUGCUGGUGCUAUUAAGAACGCUUUGCUUGGUAAUCUAGGUGGAACCAACACCGCACAAACUGGCGGCUCAAUUGCCGGUGAUCAACCUAUAGAGAUGAAGCCAGCGAAGAAAAUGCCCGUCAAUCCGGAACUUAUGAACCCGCUCAUGUUGCUCAAUCAAAUGAUGCCUCAUGUGCAGUUUGAAGAAAUUGGAAAAGCUGGAGCCCCACCAAAUAUCACUUUCACUUUCAAGUGCUCCGUGAAUGGGCAGUCAUAUACUGGAUCAGGUUCAAGUAAAAAAACGGCAAAGAAGAUGGCGGCGUUUGCAGUAUGCCAUUCUGUAUUGGGUGUCAACUAUCCACCUGAUGUGUACCAGCCAAGCGCUUAAAAGAAUUUAUAGCUCAUCGCUUAAUAAUUUAUCUGUAAGAAUCGGAAAUAUAUUUGUUUAUUUCAUCCCCUCCAUGUCGUGUACGGCAUCUUAUAUUCAGUUGUAUUGUGUGAUAUCUAAUGAAUUGAUAAGCGAAGAUUUUGUCGUUCGAAAAAGUAUUGCUUUAUGCGUCAGAUUAUUAGGUUUUAAGUGAUCGUUUUUUUGUAUUUUUUUUAAUAGCUUAGAAAUACAUAUAGAUACACCUUAAGGAAAAUA